GUUCAACAGCAUCUCUUCCAUCGAUUGUGGCCAUGUCGAGAUCAAGCGAUCGAAUCUCGACCGCUAUUGACCAACACUCGGACGACUUGCGGCGAUUGAGUCUCGAGAUACAUUCACAUCCAGAACUGGGCUACGAAGAACACCAUGCACAUGACGUGCUAACAAAGUUUCUGGACAGAAAGGGCUUCACAGUGACAAAGCAUGCCGGUGGAGUGGAGACUGCGUUUAUUGCGGAAUGGGAGGUUGGUGGAGACGGGAAUGGGGAACCUGUCACGAUUGCUUUCCUUUCAGAAUAUGAUGCAUUGCCAGACAUAGGCCACGCUUGCGGGCACAAUUUGAUCGCCAUAUCAGGUGUCGCUGCGGCUUUGGCCUGCAAAGCAAGUUUGGAAGUCACACGUCCACCGUUUCGAACCACUAUCAAGCUGUUUGGAACACCCGCUGAAGAGACUCGAGGCGGUAAAUUGGACCUCUUGAACGCGAACCUCUUUAAUGGCGUCGACAUUGCCAUUAUGGCACAUCCUGGCAACGUUAAUGUCGCUCGACCGUUCUUUAUGGCGAUGCAGGAACUGGUCGUAGAAUUCUUUGGAAAACCAGCUCAUGCUGCCGCUGAACCUUGGGCGGGCAUUAACGCUCUGGACGCAGCCGUGAUGGCCUACAAUUCAGUAUCCGCAAUGAGACAGCAGAUUCUUCCGACUGAUCGGGUUCAUGGAAUAAUAACUCAUGGUGGAGCUGCAGCCAAUAUUAUUCCGGAUUAUACGAGACUGGAAUAUUACAUCCGCUCUGCCAAAAUCGCUGAUUUGCGCACGCUGAAAGAUCGCAUUACGGCAUGCUUUCAAGGUGCGGCUACUGCCACAGGAUGCACCUUUAAAGUGACAGAAUGUCCUGCCUAUGCCGAUUUGAAGAACAACUCUGUCCUUGCCAAACUGUUUGAGGAAGAGAUGAUGAAAAUGGAUGCUGAUUUCGGAGAUAUUGCAGUGCUGGAAAAGAUUCCAAGGGGUAGUACAGAUAUGGGCAAUGUGACUCAAGUGAUCCCUGGAAUUCACCCGCUAUUUGACAUUGUGGGGGCAGUAGGGAAGUUUGAUAUUCACACAAAAGAAUUUGAGCGGCAAGCUGCAGCUGAGAGUGCCCAUAUAGCUACGUUGAGGUGCGCAAAGGCGCUGGCUCUCGUGGGCUAUCAAUGUGUAGUUGAUUCAGAGCUGCGGGGGAGAGUCAAGGAGGAUUUCGCGCGGACAUAAUACCCAAUGGGGCAUUGAGGAGAAGUUGGGUGGGCUUUCUGAAAUCACUUGAAUUUUGAUGGCUCACAACCUUUAAACUCACCAUCUCCUCGGGCUAAAAUAAAGUUGACACAUUUUAUCUCAUCGAGGAUGGAAGCAAAGCGGAAGCUAAACAAUUGAAACUUGUGAAAGGCAAGUGAAGCAGGUUUCAAACCAGUCUGUUUAAUAGCCAACCUAAUGGCGGAUCGAAUCGGCUGGACUGGCAACAUGUGGUCAGCAAUGUCCCAAAACCCAAAUGCUUUGUGGGCACCGCUGAGUUUUGG